GUUUCCUCAGGUAGUGGAAGAUGUUGCCACACUGCUCCCUCCUGCUGUUGCUAUGCGUGGCUCGGCUGCUCUCCACCACCUCGGCCCUGCCCUUUGAGCAGAAAGGCUUCUGGGACUUUGCAAUGGACAGCAUGGACAGCGGCGGUUUGAUGACGAUGAUGAGGGAUGAGGAAGAAGGCUCAGCCGUAGAGGAGAUCCUCCCCCCCGACACAUCCAUGUGCCCCUUCGGCUGCCACUGUCGUCUCAGGGUCGUCCAGUGCUCUGACCUCGGUCUGACUGAAGUACCACAGAAUAUUCCCCGGGACACCAAGUUCCUGGACCUGCAGAACAACUAUAUCACCGAGCUGAAGGAGAAUGACUUCAAAGGCCUCACAAACCUAUAUGGCCUAUCUUUGAGGAAUAACCUGAUUUCCAAAGUCCACCCCAGAACAUUUGUGCCUCUGAAGCACAUGCAGAAGCUGUACUUCUCCAAGAAUCUGCUGACCGCUGUCCCAAAGAACUUGCCCGCCUCUCUGGUUGAGAUCAGGAUCCAUGAGAACCGCAUCAAGAAGGUGGCAGCUGGUGCCUUCGCAGGACUGGCGAACAUGAACUGCAUAGAAAUGGGCGCAAACCCCAUCCAAAACAGCGGUUUUGAGCCAGGAGCCUUCAAGGGACUGAAACUGAAUUAUCUGCGCAUAUCAGAGGCUAAACUGACUGGGGUGCCAAAAGAUCUCCCAGACAGUCUCCAUGAGCUUCAUCUAGAUCACAACCAGAUCCAGGCUGUGGAACUGGAGGACCUGAGCCGCUACAAAAACCUGUUCAGGUUGGGCCUUGGCUAUAACCAUAUCCGUAACAUAGAGAAUGGCAGCCUGUCCUUCCUCCCCCGACUGAGAGAGCUGCAUCUGGACAACAACCGCCUUACUCAUGUUCCCAAAGGCCUCCCAGAUAUGAAAUACCUACAUGUGGUGUACCUCCAUUCCAACAACAUCGCCCAGGUGGGCAUGGAUGACUUCUGCCCUCGAGGAUUUGGGAUGAAGAGGACUUUCUAUAACGGCAUCAGCUUGUUUGAUAACCCUGUCAACUACUGGGAGGUGCAGCCUGCUACGUUCCGCUGUGUCAGCGACCGGUUGGCUGUUCAGUUUGGCAACUACAAAAAGUAAAGACAGGGGGAUACAGACAGAUGGAGAGAGUAAAGGCAAGGUUAUGGGAGAGGAGGAGAUAAUUUAAACAAUGAACAAAACUUGAGGGAUGGAGAAGGGAGUUCAUAUUUCAGAUUAUUAUCUUUAUUAUUACGGUUGUUUUUGGGUGAUGGCAAGGAUGGGCAACAAACUGAUGAAAGUCUAAAAAACAAUCACAUAACUUGAAGGGAGUGGAAAGUGAAGCGCUUGCAUUAUUUCACCUGAGUUUUCAAAUGCUUUAAUUUAAGGUUUUUAAUGUUUUGCCAUUUGAAAUGGAUAAAACAGAGGAGAAUGUCUGAGAAUAAUGUUUUCCCACCUGCCUUAAUCGAUGGAAAUGAAAAUUUGUGAAGCAUUUUAUUCCUUUUUUUCCCACACAAUAUUCCUUAUUGUGAUAGAAGAUAUUUUUAAUUAAAAUUAAAAAAAAAAUAGAUAAGCAAUGCAUUUUAGAUGUUUUAUAUAUACAUAUAAAAAGGUUCUCUAUAUGACUGUAUGUGUCUGCUAUUUUGGGAGAUAUAUCAUAUUGUCCUUUUUUCACAGGUCUGAAGCCAUUUGGCCCAUUAUUAAAUUAAACUGUCAUAAUAAACAACUAUCAACUAAAAACUUCACAGAUUAAGGGCUAUUUCCUGACAGUUAAUUAAACGGUACAACAUGUAAAAACCGUUAUUCAAGUUUACAUGUUUUUAAAAAAAAAAUCUGUUUAUAUCAUGGACUUAAUAAAAAGGGCAAUAAGUACAUUUUGAGGUUCCCCUUAUCAGUGUUAAACACUUUUUUCUUUUUGAACUGAUUUAACUGAACCACCAGGAUAGCCUUUUUAAGGCGUCUAUUCUGUACUAAAUAUGCUGUCUGUUUCCUAUAUAAUACAAUACUCCUUAAGGGGACACUAGAGGUAGUGGGGGUUUUGCCCCAUUUAGAGAAAACACACAUCUGCUUUGCUUUGAGAAAAUGUAGGCAGUGUGUUCACAUAGUGCUACAAACAAUAGUAGUGUUGAUGCAUUGUUUUGCACAGAUUUUCUAUUAUGCUUUAUCUGCUUCAGGGUAUUUAAAGGGUUGGCCUAUUUACAUUGGUAGACCUAUGUGGAACUAUACUCCAGCCGUUAGUAUUCUGUACUGUCUCUGUUCUGUAAUCUGACAAGCUACUGCUGCAUGUGAAUAAAGACAUUAUUAACCUGCUGCAUAAAGUUAGAAAACAACUGUUGCCCCAGGGUUGGAUACUGUUUGAGAAAUAAAGAAGAAGUAUGGAAAACA